CUGUAAUCAAAUACAGCCAUGACGUCUUCAUUGCGUGUUCACAGCUGAACCACACGUCAAGAUCUCAUUCUCCUUUUUAAGUGAACAUAAAGAACUAUUUCAAUAAUUGAAAGCUGACACUUUGAUUUUAAUAUUAUCAUUGGUAGAUUGUUUUAUUAAAUAGUUGCAUAUUUACUUUUUUUUCUAGCUGCCAAUGACAAGUAAGUUACCCCGACAUCAUGAAGGUGACAGUAGUAAUACCAACGAAUACAUAAUUUUAAAACACGGUGUGGUUUGUCAAGUGGACAAGUUUAAGUCCUAACCGAACGCCUACGUCGCCUGUAAGACAGUGCGGUGGGCCUAUUUUGUUGCACAACGGAAACGGAAGUAAGCGCUGUUAGCUUGUAGCUUAGCUAUGAAAUUCUGCAGCAGCCUAACGUAGCUGGAGAGCUGUCGGCGCCUAUAGCUAUCUGCUUUUCAGGCUAAGUUACCUGAGCUGCUAAACUCAAGCGGUUCAAAUGGUUUGUGAAACUGUGCAGCCAUGGGUGACAUGAAAACCCCAGAUUUUGAUGAUCUGCUGGCUGCAUUUGACAUCCCCGAUGCCACAGGCUUGGAUGCUAAAGAGCCUAUCCAGGGGAGUCAUGAGGAGAGUCAGCUGAAGCACGCAGGAAUGUGUCUGGAUGAUGGCUUACUGAGCAACCAAACAGUCUCAGCUUCUGAUUUACCUGCCGUGAGUGUUAUUGUGAAAAACACAAGUCGCCAGGGGUCGCUAGAGGACUUUGGUGACAGGCUUCACACUGGCUCAGCGUUGCAGAAUGGAUUCAGGGGACAGGAAACCUCUCAUGAACCUGAGCUUGAUGAUCCUGGCUUCUCCAAAUCAUUUGCUUCUGCGUUGAAUGGUGAAGAUUCUAGAGAGUUCUUCUGCAAAACACCAGUUCAGCACAAAACUGACGGAACAGCAAUAUUUUCCCAGACGCAUUCCCAUUUUAGUCCCAUCUCAAGUCCGGAGUCUGAAGACACUCGCUGCAGUAGAGAAGACAUGCUUCCCAAACAAGAGAGACCCUGUUUCCCCGAAGCUCCAGUUUUGGCUGAGCCGUCAGUACCAGAUGACACCCAGAAGUUGGACUUCAGUAUGUUUGAGUGUCCAAAGGAUUCAGAUCUCCCCAAGAAAACUCAGAGCAGCCGAACAGGAAGUAGACAAAGUAAUGAGCCCACUGACGGUAGCAAACUGGAUUUUACACCUGAAGUGAAAAGUGCACGAACCCCACCGAACUGCAACCAGAACUUUGUGUCUAACUGCAAUUCAGGAGCCACAAUUGAUGUUCCCACCUCUUAUCCAUACAUCAAACCCCAGACGUCUAAACUAUCCUCUUGCCUUGAGGCUUUAGCGGCUUUAAAUCCUAGAAAAGAUCCCAGUGAGCAGACAAAUCUCAGAGACUCAGUAGCACUUCAUAAUGAUUCCACCAAAGCUAGCCCCAAGGUCCCCAUAUCCCCAAUAAGUCCCAGAAGUCCACUGGAAGCUGUGAAACGUUUAAUGAAACCUUCAGAUAGUCCUAUAAGUAUUUGCAGUGACAGCAGCGGCAUAGUGUCUCCAGCGGUGGCACCUGGGUCACCGCCCGCCAUACCGAGGGUCAGAAUUAAAACCAUCAAAACCACAUCUGGUCAGAUCAAGCGCACAGUCACCAGUGUCUUACCUGACUCGGAAACAGACGAAGUUCACUCGACCUACGAAUCGUCUCCUGCUCAGAGUAUGAUCAGCGAAGAUUCCUACUGUAACAUGUCUCCUCAUCAAAGUGCAGCUGCUGAUGUCGAAGUCCACAGCAGGGGCACACCCAGAAGUGCAGGUUCACCAAAUCUUCUGCACAAGAAAUUACUAACAAACCCCAGGAGGUCAGUUCCUCUGCAGGCCACAGCAGUCGUACAUCAUACCAAAAGAUCACGUCAACAGCACGGGCAGAAACCAAAGAGAGCGUCCGCCGCAACAGGCGCUUCCCCAAGCACAAGCUUCCUCCCCAAAGCGGUGCACUUAGCAAGUUUGAACCUGGUUCCUCAUAGCGUUGCCGCGUCAGUGGCUGCACGCUCCACUUCUCAUCAACAGAGCCAGCACACACUGGCCUCCACAGUGUACAGCACUGUCCCACUGGUGCACCAGGUCAAAACGGCAAACACUUACCCCCGAUCAUCCAUGCCCAACUCCAUAGCAGGAACCCUGAACCGACUAUUGAACAACACUAACCCUGUGCCUACGUACGUGCCCAACCUGAACCCACCUGCGGAGAGCGACAUCAGCCUUCCACCUCGUGGGUACUGCUGCCUUGAGUGUGGCGACUCCUUCGGGUUGGAGAGGAGUCUGGCGUACCACUACAGCAGGAGGAGCGUUCACAUCGAAGCGGGAUGUACACACUGUGCGAAGACGAUAGUGUUUUACAACAAGUGUGCUUUAUUGGCACAUGCCAGGGAGCACAAAAGUAACGGCAAGGUGAUGCAGUGCACGCAGCUUCACUUGAAACCCAUCGCCGAGGAACAGAUGUUUGUUCCCCUGAGCUCCGAACCUCUGAAUGUAGACUCUCAGCCAUUACUGUCAACUAAAAACCAAGCCGUCCUGCCCCUGUACCCGGACAACGUCGCCCGGCACAGAAUCAGGUGCUUAGAGUGCAACAAGCAGUUACCUGACCACAGUGCUCUGGCCGGCCAUUACCAGAGGUCGUCGGAGGACGUGGACGGACUUAUUUGUAAGGUGUGUUCAAUGUUGCUACCAAACAAGUGCAGCUUCAGAGCUCACCAACGCCUACAUGCACACAAGUCGCCGUACUGUUGUCCUGAGUGUGGCGGCCUGAGCCGCUCGGCUGACAUCCAGAAGCACGUCAAGGAAAACUGUUUGCACUACGCACGCAAGUCUUGGUACAAAUGUCUUCACUGUGAUAUGGUGUUCAAGACCUUCCAAGGACAAAAGAGUCACAUUGAAGAGAAACACUGUGAAGUCUUCUACAAGUGCUCCAUGUGCCCAGUUGCCUUAAAGACUCCUGAGAGCUGUGAGGUGCACAUGAAGAACAAACACAGUGCAAGCAAAACAAGUAGCCCUCAGUUAAUCUUUAAGUGUUCAUGUGAGACCAUAUUCAAGAAGAAGCCGUUGCUGUUGCAGCAUUUCCAUCAAAACGCCCACAAGCGCGUCACCUGUGUAUUCAAGUGUCCAGAAUGUAACUCCGUCUUUCCACAAAAGCAUCUUUUAAUGCAGCACUUCAAGUCCGUGCACAUAGGAACCACAACACCGGAGACGAAGAGCGAGAGUCGACAAUCUGACAACACCGACUGGUGCCAGGACAGACCCGUCCAACAGCAAAAGACUCAGAUGUCUGUCAAACACACAGACGGUCCCCGAAAGAAGGUGGAGCGGGGGGACAGCAGAACCCGAGUGAAACCGAACGGUUGGACGUGUGGCGAGUGUCUCCAGUGGUUUCCAGAGAGAGAUUCCUACAUUUCACAUGUGAAGAGCAAACACGGGAAGAAGGUGAAGAAGUAUCCAUGUCAACAUUGUGAGCAAUCUUUUAACUCUCCAAUCAGUCUGAAGAGACACGUUCGCAGUGACCAUCGAGGAAAAAAGAAAACCUUCACCUGUGGGUAUUGCACCGAUACAAAGACAGUAUUUACGACGAGUGUGAACUUGAAGAAUCACAUCAGUCUGAUGCACGGAAUCAAAAACCCUGACCUCAGCCAAAUGCCCAGAACAUUAACCCUGGAGUCCAAAAAAGUUUUGGCCAAGGGACGUUUAUUAGACGGACUUCCAGACGGCACACAGAAGGAGAGGCAGGAUCUGGGUGGGAGUCCGGGGGCUCCACCCGUGAAGCGUCUGAAAGCUCAGUUCCGCUGCUCCAAGUGUGGGUUUGUCACCGACGACAGCGCUCGGUUCCAGGAGCACAUACCUCAGCAUAAAACCGAUGAGAACACUCCUCAGUGCCUUCACUGCGGACUGUGUUUCACGUCCGUGCUGUCGCUCAACAGGCAUCUUUUUAUCGUCCACAAAGUCAAAGGUCCUGGUGAGGAGGACGAGGAAGGGAGGAAAGUAGUGAAGGUCAGAAAAGUGCAGCGUGAUAAUCAGCCCGUAAAGUCAGCAGAGACCGAGGGGAGAGACCAUUUGUCGACAGAUCUCGCCGAGACGGCGCCCUCGCAGGGAGAACGGCCGGUGAGUGUGAACUGUGAAACCACCGUGGACUGCGGCAUCAAAGUGAGCGCUCACUCUAACACACAAGCAGUGGCUUCACGGUAACAAAAGGCUGCGGCUCCUUACCGUCAGCAUGGCUUUCUCAUAAAUCGUAUAUAAGUGUAUGGAUGGGUCAGAAUCUGCUGCUCUGAAU